UGUUAACCGGAACUCGUUGUAUCAGCCCUAGAGACGCAGCGCUGCUGUUGCGGUGUGUGUUGGGUUGAGGCAGAGCUGUCACAUUAGCUAGCUAGCUAACUUACUAGCCAUUGUUUUGUCAUGUCAAGAACCGUCUUCCCCCUCACAACACAGGGCUGGUAACGUGUUCACAUCUUCGUAUAUCCGCCUGUGGGUCAGAGGAUAGAAGUCUGGGUGGAGAGCACAAGAGUGACAUGAAAUGACAACGUCAACAUUACAGAAAGCGAUUGAUCUUGUGACCAAAGCUACAGAGGAAGACAAGGCAAAGAAUUAUGAGGAGGCCUUGCGACUGUACCAGCAUGCUGUGGAAUAUUUCCUACAUGCCAUCAAAUAUGAGGCCCACAGCGACAAGGCAAAGGAGAGUAUACGAGCAAAGUGUAUGCAGUACCUGGACCGAGCGGAAAAACUUAAAGACUACCUGAAAAACAAAGACAAACAGGGCAAGAAGCCUGUCAAGGAAGCCCAGAGCAAUGACAAGAGCGAUAGUGACAGCGAGGGUGAAAAUCCAGAGAAGAAGAAAUUACAGGAGCAACUUAUGGGUGCCAUUGUAAUGGAGAAGCCCAAUGUCAGGUGGAACGAUGUGGCUGGACUGGAGGGAGCUAAGGAAGCUCUGAAGGAAGCUGUCAUCCUGCCCAUCAAAUUCCCUCACCUCUUUACAGGCAAGCGGACUCCGUGGAGAGGCAUCCUGCUGUUCGGACCUCCGGGGACGGGGAAGUCGUACCUGGCUAAGGCCGUGGCCACCGAGGCCAAUAACUCCACCUUCUUCUCCGUCUCCUCCUCAGACCUCAUGUCCAAGUGGCUGGGAGAGAGCGAGAAGCUGGUGAAGAACUUAUUUGAUCUGGCUCGCCAGCACAAACCCUCCAUCAUCUUCAUCGAUGAGGUAGACUCGCUGUGCGGCUCCAGGAACGAGAACGAGAGCGAGGCCGCCCGCCGCAUCAAGACCGAGUUCUUGGUCCAGAUGCAGGGUGUGGGAAACAACAACGAUGGCAUUCUGGUUCUGGGAGCCACCAACAUCCCCUGGGUGCUCGACGCUGCCAUCCGCAGAAGAUUUGAGAAGCGUAUCUACAUCCCUCUGCCGGAGGAACCAGCUCGGGCUCAGAUGUUUCGUCUUCAUCUGGGCAACACACCACGUAGCUUGAGCGAGGCCGACCUGCGGCAGCUCGCCCACAAAACGGACGGCUACUCCGGCGCCGACAUCAGUAUCAUCGUCCGGGACGCUCUCAUGCAGCCUGUUAGGAAGGUCCAGUCUGCCACCCACUUCAAAAAGGUUCGCGGUCCAUCCCGAAGCAACAACCAGUUGAUGGUGGACGACCUCUUGACUCCGUGUUCCCCUGGUGACCCUGGAGCCAUAGAGAUGACCUGGAUGGACGUGCCUACUGAUAAGCUACUGGAGCCCAUUGUCUGCAUGUCGGACAUGCUGCGCUCUUUGUCCACCACCCGUCCCACAGUCAACACUGAAGAUCUCCUUAAAGUCAAGAAGUUCACAGACGACUUUGGGAUGGAGGGCUGAGAGACGGUACCC